CUGUUGGCCGGGAGGUCCUGCCAAGGCCUGGCCCCUGGCCUGGUGGGCACUCGGAGACCCUGUGGCCAGUGCCCCUGCCCACCCGUGGAGGCUGGUUCUGCCCACACGGGUGAGAGCCGCAUGGUCACGUGACUGCUAAGCCAGGGUGCCACAAAGGAGCCUUGUCUGCUCCUGUAAUCUGCUCUGAGGUGUAGCCCAGCACGGCCAGGCCCCUCUAAUUCCUCCCAAGGCUGGAAUCUGGGGCAACACCCCCUCUAGUUUGGUCCUAAAAUCCAGAGGUCCUGGGCCCUGCUGUCUUAUGGGGAGUUAGGGACACCUGGGGCAACCCAGGAGAGGGCCUCUGCCAGGUCUGGGGACUGCGACAGCCAUGUGGGCUGGGAAAGGAAGCCUGAGCUCUGGGCAGAAGUCCCAACUCCUUGUCCUGGCCCUGUGGUGGACUGGUGGGGAUCCUGCAUCCUGUCUGAAAAGGAUGCUGUUCUGGAAUUUCAUCUCCCUCCAUGAUGGGAUCCACCUGCGCUGGGAAGUGCUCCGAUUGGCUGCUGGUGAUGUCAUGUUUCAUGCUGGCUGUGACUGGGCACCAGGACCCUCAAUGGAUGCUUGGGAGCCCUUGGGUGGCCCCUGGGGAGAACCAUAAGCAUUCCAACACUCAGCCUGCAGUGCCCGGUCCCUGCCAGGCUGUUGACUGGCUCACUGCUGCCAGGUCUCUCUGUAGUCUGAUUCUGGGCCUGGGAGCCACACUUCCUCACACCUUAACUUAGAAGAGGACCCGAGCCUUCGUAUGCCCCCCUGGGAUGUCUCCAAGGACGCCUGUGUGCUGCACAGAUACGAACUGUUCUCUCCAUGGGUCCCCAGCCGGCCAAGCACAGCCCAGGCACACAGGAAAGCCACCAGGAGCUCCUGCCGCCUUCGCUUCUCCAGGCUUCCUGGGCAGAAUCCCGCCUCCGCUGCACUCCCAUCGGCCUCCUGUUGGGACUCUCACAGUUCACUGCAGUGGCUCCAGGCCUUGGCCUCCCCUGUGUGGACGGACCUCUGCUCUCUUCACAUCUGGCUCUCCUGCCGCAGCCAGACCAGGGCCUCCCCCCACCCCUCUCUGCCGUACCGGGGCCCUGGAAGGGCGUAGACCCCAGCAGAGGCUACUGGGAGGCCCCCGGGCCCCCUGCCCAGGCCACUGUGGAGGGGGCGCCCUCGGGGGAGGAGGCUGCAGCCGUCACCCCGCUGGACGUGUCGCGCCUGCGCAGCUCCUCCAUGGAAAUCCGCGAGAAGGGGGCCGAGUUCCUGCGGGAGGAGCUGCGCAGAGCCCAGAAGGAGCUGAAGCUGAAGGACGCAGAGUGCGAGAGGCUGUGCCGUGUGCGGGAGCAGCUGGAGCGGGAGCUGGAAGAGCUGACAGCCAGCCUGUUCGAGGAGGCCCACAGAAUGGUGCGGGAGGCCAACGUGAAGCAGGCGGCAGCAGAGAAGCGGCUAAAGGAGGCGCGGGGCAAGAUCGACAUGCUGCAGGCGGAGGUGACUGCCCUGAAGACCCUGGUCAUCACGUCCACGCCGGCCUCCCCCAAUCACGAGCUGCAUCCGCAACUGCAGAGCCCCACCAAGGCUGGGCCCCGCAAAGGACACUGGCGGCCCCAGAGCUCCAGCAGGGCCCUGGGCCCCACCGUGCGCCCUGCCCCAGGGCACGGCCUCGCGCCGGACAAGGAGGGCAGGGAGGUCGACACCACGCUGUUCUCAGAGUUCCGGGCCUGGAGGGCAGCGCCCACACUGGACAAGGCCUGCCCCUUCCUGGACAGGGUGUACCGCGAGGAUGUGGGCCCCUGCCUGGACUUCACCAUGCGCGAGCUCUCUGCGCUGGUGCGGGGUGCCGUGGAGGACAACACGCUCACCAUCGAGCCAGUGGUCUCACACAUGCAGCCUGGCACGAGGGCCGCUGCGGAGUGUGGCCGCACCAGCAAGUGUGCCCUGAGCGGGCUGACCAGCCCUUGCCGCCACCGCAUCCGGCUUGGGGACUCCGAGAGCCACUAUUACAUCUCGCCAUCCUCCCGGGCCAGGAUCACAGCGGUGUGCAACUUCUUCACCUACAUCCGCUACAUCCAGCAGGGCCUGGUGCGGCAGGAUGUGGAGCCGAUGUUCUGGGAGGUCAUGAGGCUGCGGAAGGAGAUGUCGCUGGCCAAGCUGGGCUUUUUCCCGCAGGAGGGCUAGGGUGCAGCCUGGCCGGAGCAGCGCCUGCCUUGGCACAGCAGGCCCCGAGCCAGAGCAGCAAGGAGGGGCCAGUGCCUACCCUGGAUGGACGCACGGACAGAGCGGCCUGGAGCUCAGAGCUGAGGCCUCCACCCCCACCGGACCGUGCACACCAGCAUCUCCCAAAGGCACCGUGGGCCGAGGUGCUGGGCAUCCAGGAGGGGACCCUGGGCAGGGCGCAUCCUCCCCUGUGGCAGCUGAGUCUUCCAGGAAGGGAAGGACAGUUCCAGGGCAGCCGGGCCUCCGAGGCGGGCAGCCCCUGCCCCAGCACCCGCUCCACACUGGCCCCUGCCUCUCUGCCCCAAGGCAGCAGGCUAGGAGGGCAUGGGCCUCCCCCACCCUGCUCUGUCUCACAAAGUGGGGGCCCCCAAGCACCACCCCCACCCUUUCCCACCAAGAUUGGGACGGAGGUGGGGAAGGGGACAGGCCUCCGAGUCGGCACAGAUGGGACCUCGGGGUGCCCACCCACACCUCUGCUGCAAACACUGGGGUCCACACGCUGUACCGGGCCAGCCCCACUGGACACCCCACCACACCGUGCCCCUCCUUGGCUGGAAUGCAGCUCGAUCUGUUUAAUAAAGGAGGCUUUGUUGGUGGGGCCCCACUGCCUGUCACUCCUGCACCCUGGGCUCCAGCCAGGCCUCAGGCAUCUGCAGGAAACCAAAUCCUCCUGCCCACCUCGUGCCUGGGAUUAGCCCAAAUCCUGAAGCCCCCGCCACCGCCACCGAACGCACUGCACGGGCCACUUGCAUUCCCUGCAAGGCCAUGGGGCCUGGGCAGGCAGUAGAGCCCUGGGUCACAGCUAGGCUGGGGUCCUUUCAGGGAGGGUCUGUAUGCGUGGCCAGGCCACCUCCUGGCCCCUGCCCCACUCCCCUGGGAACACUCACCUCCCUACCUGAGGUGGCUACUGCCCAGGCCUGGUCACCAUGUCCCCUGGGGACUCCUCCAGGCCAGAGCUGGUACCAAGUCCAGUGUGUCAUGUGCCCCCUGACUGACCAAUCACUCCAAAGACCUUCCCAGCCCCUCCUGUCUGGGCCUAGCUUCCCAUUUUUUGUUCGUUUUGUUU